AUGCCCAGCUGCUCCCCAGCGGGAAUCCUGACACAGCAUCAACCCCCAGGAACCAGCGUUCUAUGGGGAAGAGGAAUCCCCAAAAUCUGGCGGCCAUACCUGACGAAACGGGUGCUGUACAGCGAGGUCCUUGACAAGUAUUUUGAGAUCCAGGUGACCCUGCGGACCCUUGACCUUAUUGAUGAGGCGUAUGGGUUGGACCACUACAUACUGAAGACAUCUGAGGUGGAUCUCAACUCCCAGCUGGCCAUGCAGCUGAAGCGAGAGAUGCUACUGGCGCUAGUGCAGAAGACUCUGUACCCUGAAGACCCCGUCACCAGGGAGAAGGUCCUCAAAAAAUACAAGCAGUACCUCAUUCCGGUAAGUGCUGUCAUGGAAACAAGGGAGAUAACUCGCAAGGUGCCCUCACCAAUCACUUGUCAGAUUGUACUGUUUUCGACAUAA